UACGUUCACACCCUUCACCUAUUUUCAUUAAAUGCUCCAGUGACUUUUUUCACAUUUUUUAUUACACUCUUUUUCUUCUUUUCUCGAAAAGAAACCAACCUUUUCUCUCUCACUUUUUUCGGUGACAAGAAAAAAGAUCAAAAAUGGGUUCCUGUUUUAGUGUUGGAUUGAAGAUUGAAAGCUCAAGACUUGAUGGUAAGGUAACAUCUGCAUCGGUACCACCAAGUCCCAGAAGUCCAAGAAGUCAAACUGAAAUUUUGCAAUCAGGAAACUUAAAGCCCUUUAGUUUUAAUGUUCUUAAAAUGGCCACUAGAAAUUUUAGACCAGAUAGUGUAUUAGGAGAAGGUGGGUUUGGGUCAGUUUUUAAAGGAUGGAUAGAUGAGCAAACACUUGCAGCUGCUAAGCCUGGUACUGGGACUGUUAUUGCUGUUAAAAGAUUAAACCAAGAGGGUCUUCAGGGUCACCAAGAAUGGUUGGCUGAAAUCAAUUAUUUAGGGCUGCUAGAUCAUCCAAAUCUCGUGAAGUUGAUUGGUUAUUGUUUAGAAGAUGAUCACAGGAUGUUAGUGUAUGAGUUCAUGCCUAGAGGCAGCUUGGAGAAUCAUCUAUUUAGAAGGAGUUCUUACUUUCAACCACUGUCUUGGAAUCUAAGAAUUAAGGUUGCUCUUGGUGCUGCAAAGGGGCUUGCUUACCUUCACAGCCCGGAAGCGAAAGUGAUAUAUCGUGAUUUCAAAUCUUCCAAUAUCUUGAUUGACUCGCACUACAAUGCAAAACUUUCUGAUUUCGGAUUGGCAAAGGAUGGACCAGUUGAUGGGAAAAGUCAUGUAUCUACAAGAGUUAUGGGUACCUAUGGAUAUGCAGCUCCUGAGUAUAUGGCCACAGGUCAUUUAACAGCAAGGAGCGACAUAUACAGUUUUGGAGUGGUCCUACUAGAAAUCUUGACCGGGAGGCGGUGCAUAGAUAAGAACCGUCCACCCGGUGAGCAAAUACUUGUUGAGUAUGCUAAGCCUUACUUAACCAGCAAACGAAGGAUUCUUCUCAUCAUGGACCCACGUCUAAACGGGCAGUACUCAUCAACUGUGGCCAUGAGAGCCGCCAUGCUUGCAAUGAAAUGCCUCUUGAAAGAGCCUAAACACAGGCCAAGUGCUGCUGAGAUAGUAAAAACAUUGGAGCAACUCCAAGAUUUGCAGAAAGCCGCAGAUAUUACAAGAAGAGAACCGGUUUCUUAUCCUAAACAUGUGGGUUCUGGUGUGGGGUCAACUACUGGUAAGAGAUGAGAAAGGAGAGCAUUUCGCUGUACAGUUUUGACAUGUUAGUUGUGUUCCGAGGAAGAAAGGACUUACUGGUUGAACGAGAGCAGAAUGUAAAGGAGAAAUGUGAAAUACCCGAAUCCCCUAUCGAGGGAUUUUUUGUAUGCAUUGAAUGAGAUUUAUUCUGUAAUAGCAGGUUUUAUGUAUUUCCACUUAUAUGAAAAUAGGAAGAGUUUGUUUUUAA